AUGGAGACACAGAGUGAGGUAAAGGCUUCAAAAUUCAAAAGGAUUUGUGUGUUUUGUGGGAGUAGCCAAGGCAAGAAAACUAGCUAUCAAGAAGCUGCUAUUGACUUGGGCAAUGAAUUGGUUUCUAGAAACAUUGAUUUGGUCUAUGGAGGAGGCAGCAUAGGUCUCAUGGGUUUGGUUUCGCAGGCUGUUCAUGAUGGUGGUCGUCAUGUUAUUGGGGUUAUUCCCAAGACGCUCAUGCCUCAAGAGUUAACCGGUGUAACAGUAGGGGAAGUGAAGGAAGUUGCAGAUAUGCACCAAAGGAAGGCAGAGAUGGCUAGACAUUCUGACGCUUUUAUCGCCUUGCCAGGUGGUUAUGGAACUCUCGAAGAACUACUUGAAGUUAUAACCUGGGCUCAACUGGGCAUUCAUGAUAAACCGGUAGGUUUGCUAAAUGUGGAUGGAUACUACAAUUCAUUGUUAUCAUUCAUCGACAAAGCCGUUGAGGAAGGCUUCAUUAGUCCAAAUGCUCGCCAAAUCAUUAUAUCUGCACCUACAGCAAAGGAGCUAGUUGAGAAAUUGGAGGAGUAUGUUCCCUGCCAUGAAAGAGUUGCUUCGAAACUGAGCUGGGAGACAGAGCAUCUCGGUUACUCCCAAAAAUUCGAUCUAUCGAGGUGA